AUGCCUCCGAAAACCUCUCGUGCUAAGGCGGUGGUCAAUGCUCCUGCUGGUGAUGGUGAUUCUGCAAGCAAGUCGAUACCAAGCAAGGGGAAGGAAGUCAUUGACAACCUGCCGUCAGAAGCAGAAGUGACGGCAGGAAGCUCUGGUCUCACCAUUGAGGAAAAACUGCAAGCGCUGGCAUCGGUUGCUUCGGAUGACACAUUCAUUGAAGAUGACUCGGACGAAGAGCUUGACAUUGACACGACCAACAACGCUCACCCGCAUUUGCGCUUCACGGCUAUACUGCUCUUCCCGGUUAUCCCCUCUCGCGAGGUUGCUUCGGUGAUUCUGGCCGUGAGGAUGCUGAUGAAGCGUGUCUGGACUAACCUGCUCACUGUUGAUGCCCUCGCUUCGGUGAAGUUCCAGGAACUGUCCCCCGCGUGGGUCGCGAAGUCCCGCUACAGCCGGCUUCAGGUCUCCUUCCUGCACGAAUCUGACGCGGUGAAAAUCAAGCAAACGGCGGUGGAACACAAGCGUCAGAACGGAUCGACUCUUCACUGCUUUUGGUUGCACCAGGAGGAUGCUGCUUACCUUCGCAAGAAGGCUUCGGAGCCGCAGCUGCUGGAGGUUUAUUUCAAGGAUGUUCCAGCGGAUAUCCCGCCGGAGUUGGUCAAGGAGGUCAUGGUGGAUCACCCGCUCGGGAUGAGGAAGCAGUCUGCAUUUGCUGAAGGUCACUGCUUCCACCGCGUCCUUCACCCUGUCACCGGCGCUGACACCGAUCGGAUCAAGGGGCUGGUGUUUCAGCAUGCUGGCGACAAGCAUCGCUGGCGUCACGAGUUUCUUCAUCAGUCACUGAUGCACCGCUCCCCCUUUGCAGCUGCCUCUCUCCGCACUUCUCCGCUGAUUACACCGUUACUGCUUGAUGCUGCUUUUGUCCUGAUCUCAACUGGGAGCAAUCGGGAAGAAUGGCUGUGCACCCUCGAGAGCUGCGGAAAGACUCAUGGCAAGUCCUUCAUGGCUGCUGCGGAUCACAUCACGUCGGCAAGCCAUCUGUUGGGUCUGGAGAAGCUGGGUGCGGCCACUCGCCGUUCCCUGGAGAAGCUUGGUCUGCACGUCAUCCGGAAAGAGUACCAGAUCUGA